AUGCCAAAGUACUACUGUGAAUAUUGCGACAUUUACCUGACGCAUAGUUCCCCAGUGGGGAGAAGGCAGCAUGUCCAGGGAAGAAAACACAUAAGUGCAAAAAUUGAGUAUUUCCAAAAUUUGCUAAGGGAAGAGGGCAUAACCCCACAGAACUUUUUAGGGUUUCUGGGACCAAGGGCACUCAAUAAUAUUCUAGGGAACCCAAUGAUGAAUAAUAUGAUGCCUGGAAAUUUCCCCAUGCAUAUGAAGCAUAACAAUAUGAAACACCACUCGCAUUAUUCACGUCGUUCACAUCGCCAUCAUAUGCCCCAUGGUAGAUACGGCAGGGAAAGACAUGGCCAUUAUAGUUACUCUAGUAAAUAUCACUCGCACCCUAUGCACAUGAAUAGCAGUAGCAUGAGCAGCAUGUCAGGGUUUCCAUACAAUGAACAUUCUGGUAACUUCUUUUCCUUAUCGAACUCAAUGCAUGGUAAUGGAAAGAUGGGGAAUAUGGUUAUUCGAGACUUGGUAAGUAAUGUUAAUAUUGAGAAUGACCUAGUCAAGGACAAUCCGAAUGAGGAGCGAAAUGGAGAUAGUGCGAUUGCAAACCAACCUAGCACCAUGCAUCAUGAGGAGGAUCAAGACGAUCCUGCCAAUGCCACUGGUGGAACUGCGAAUAAUAAUGAUAACGUCAGUAUAAAUGCCUAG